GCGCCAUUUGACAGUAAACUUGGUUGCUGUUCAGUUCGAAAUUUUGUAUUACUUGUCUGUGUUAAAUAACAUUAUUUGUGAGUUUUCUGGGAUAUUUAUUGUACACAUGCUUGUACAUAAAUAGUACAAUUGAUUUAAGAUUGUAAAAUCUUGUGUGUUGAAAGUGAAUUACCAAAAUGGCGACAUCUGAUAUUUCUAGAAAUUAUGAUGUGUUUAAAUAUUAUUGUUGUACUAUCUGCGAGACAGAGCGGUCUGUAGAAAUAGAUGCAGAUUUUUACUGUAAAAAAUGUCUUAAAUACUUCUGCAGAACAUGUAUAAACUCCCACAGACAGCAUGGUUGGUGGUCUUAUAAAAAAUAUCCUUAUGGAAAGGAUAAAAUAAGGAAGUGGCCACUGUCUAAGAAGAUGGAGACUUUUGUUUUAAAAUGCAUCAUACACAAUGAUGAACAGUUAACAAGGUACUGCGCGGACCACAGUCAGCUGUGCUGCUCUAAAUGUGUUGAGCUGAAUCACAGCCAGUGCAGUAAAGUGACUCCAAUACAUGAGCUGACAAACACGCAGCCCACAGACCUACAGGGACUGUCAGUUGAGCUCGAAACUGUUCUGGGUGAAAUCAAAAGCCUUCAGAUCAGUCAGGAGGCCAGCGUUGAGUCAUUGCAGAAAACAUACAAGGAACAUAGGGCAGAUAUGAUCGAACAAAUGCGUGGCAAUGUAAACACUAAUUUGGAUAAGUGUGGUUAUAAUUAUGUGGGCACAUCGGGAAAAAUUGAGCAAUAUUUAGAAGAUGACAUGUGUAGGAGUGUUCUUUCUAUCUUGAAUGAAUUUGACAAUAUUACUUUGAAGGAACUAAAUGAGAUGAAAGAUGAAGUUAUAAGCAUUAAAGGGUCAGUUACAAGUUCUAUUCAUAAAUGCACCAGUCUUCACAGUGACUUGUUACAAUUACUUGAAAUCGUUCAGAAAAUUGGAGAUAAUAAGGAGCUCUGUCUUAUAGCCAGCAUAAAAUGUAAACAUAUCAUACAGCAGGCAUUGACUCUGCUUGGAAAUUCAGGCAAGGUGUUUAAGGUCCAGGGGAAGUCUGAGCACAAUGUGAGAAUAACAAGUGAUUCAAACACAUGCUGGAUCCCAGCUAUAUGUGCUCUCCCAGAUGGGCAGGUCCUGGUUGCAGACUACAAUAAUAAUAAAGUCAAGCUGCUGAACCAGCAGUACCAGGUGGUGAGUCACUGGGAUGUGAAUGCUAGGUCAUUUGACAUUUGUUUGAUCACACCACGUGAGGUUGCAGUGGCUGUGAGUAAUGGCAUCAUACAUGCGGUCCAGUUUAUCACUGUCAACCAGGGAAAGCUUGUUUCUGGCAGGAAGUUUCAGUUACAACAUGAAUGUAGAGGUAUUGGCCAUCACCAAGGAGACCUUUUUGUCACCUCUGGUCAAGAACUGUACAAAUACACACUGAGUGGCAAACUGAUCUGCAGACUCUAUGAAGAUAGGUCAUUAAAAUAUACAGUAUACAAGUGUGCUGUGAGUCCCACAGGAGACAAGCUGUACAUCACCAGCAGGGACCAGAACAAGCUUCUCACCCUGGCCAGGGAUGGCACACUCCUGGCUACAUUCACAGACCCAGCACUAGAGUGGCCACGUGGUCUACAUGUGACCCCUGCAGGCCAGGUGCUGGUCUGUGGACACUGGCCCCACACUGUACUACAGGUGGGCUGGGAGGGAGAGAGUAAGCUGGCUACGCUGGCUACUCGGGAGGAUGGAGUGUGGGGGCCACGGUCAGUCUGCUACAGCAGCACCACAUCAUCCAUCAUUGUGGGACAGUGUGACGACAACAUCCUGGUGUUCAGAGUGGAAUAGUGUGUACAUUUGCUGCUGGGUCGGGACAACGAUGCUGAGGAUGUGGGGGACAAGCAUGACGCAGAAGGAAAAAACUGGCUUAAGACAUCUAUGAGCCACGCUGUGGAAAAAUAGGGCUUAAUGCAUGUGCUUAGAUUGUAGUCCCAGCUACUUAGGGACAACAAUUACCUCUUUAAAGGAGAGCACUAGCAUUGAUAUCUAGUUGGCCAAGCAACAGCACCAGUCCGACCUGCAGGAGCCCCAAUACAGAACCAUCCUUUCCCUCCCCUGAUCCCUAGCUCCUCCCACUGGACCUCUGGCCUCAAAGGGUCAGCAUCGUUACACAAGUCUGUUCUGCAAUAAAUCCUCAGCACGUCAAGUUUUCACGCGCUGUUAUGAACAACCAAAAUGUACUCGUCGAGAUUUCCCCAAGCAAGCCUGAGUAGUUUUGUUUAGCUCUAGUGCCCGAGUGGGAUGAGUGUUACAGAAGCGAGACGUUAAAGCAGCUCUUAUGGUAACGCUAACAGUGAACGCUAACAGUUAGUUCUCGCUGUGGACAUCACAAAGAAUCUCACGAAGAAUUAAGCGUUGAAUAAUUUGUUUUAUUCUUUAUAAGACACAGGGUUCGCACAGGGCUUGAAAAGUGCUUGAAAACGAGUCCUAGGCUUGAAAAGCUCUUGAACAAAGGUUGGCCUUAAAAAGGUGCUUAAAAAUUGCUUAGUUCAUGUAAAAAAGCCUUGAAAAUGUUUAUUUCUGCUCAAAAUUACUUUUAUCAUGGCUUUAAUUAUAAACUUAAAUCGUUCUUAUGGGAAAUAUUACGAAAAUGUAUCAUAGAUUCCUUCGCGCAAAAAGUUGAGUACGAAAUAUAAGUUUCGUACACUAUUGAGAACGAAAUGUUAUGUGUACAUGUCACAGAUUAUGUGUGCUACAUCAGAGGUUCUCCAUUGUGAUCAAUUUUCGCGAGUGAAAACGCAGCAAUGGGGAAGUGUCGUUUCAAACCAGGGUGGUUAACUGAAUAUUCCUGGGUACAGAAAACAUUAAUGACAUUCGAAAAGCACAUUGUUGGGUCUGUAUGAAGACCAUUGAUGUCGGGGGUAUUGGGGAAAGCGCUUUGAAAAGCCACAAGAAAGUGAAAACCCUCAAAGAAAACAUGAAAUUGAGAAGCAAACAGGGUUCCUGCGAUGUGUUUUUUGUUAAACAGGAAGGUACUAUUGUUAAAACUGUUAAAUCUAAAACAGACAUAAAAAACAACAGCCCAUCUGUGUGGAACCAGGAAGGCAUAGCCACAUGCAGAGAGUGUGCAGAUAGAAGAUUCAAAUUCCAGGACCUUCGCAACUUUCAGCUGUAGUAUCAAACUCGCAGACAUCCAUAGACAAAUUCGUUUUAAAAAAUGAUAUGUUGAACGCGAAAGUAUUGUGGGUAUUUAUACCGUUUGCACACAACCAUCAUUUAAUUCCAAUAAAAACAUUACAAAGUUUUUUCAGGUUGUGUUCCAUGACAGUACCAUAGCAAAGCAUAAUUAUGUGGCUGUUUUGGGGCUAGCUGAACAUUUCAAAACUGUACUUGAUAGUUCUAUAACUUAAUUAGUGGACAGUACUCAGUGUCUCAGUACUCAGUGUCUUUUGAUGAAAGUUUAAACAAGAAAGACCAAUCCAAGCAAAUGGAAAAUGCAUUUUUUUAAAGGAAACUACAGUUUACAGACUUGAAAAUGAAUAUUUGGCCUUGGAAAGUCCUUGAAAAGUGCUUGAAUUUAGGUUUGAGAUUUCUGUUUGAACCAUGAGACAGCUAUAUAUUCAGCAAGGAACGAGAGCAAAUCAAGGAACAAUCGAAACGAUUCAUUCAGAAGUGUAUCUGCUGUAGAUAGUUAGGACAGUAGUAGCGUUACGGACUGUCCUCAGCGCACAAUAUAUUCAUGUGGUGCGCCUCAGACGCGAAUUCCGCCCAUUAUUAAAAAUAAGUUGCUAAAAGUAAACACGUUUUG